UUGUUCUCAUUUAAGAUGCUCAAGUGGGCAAUAGUUUCCAUCAUCUUUCACCUUAAUAUUUUUAAAUUGUUUGCUUAUGAAUGGAACACACUUAAUCUACCAAAAGAGCAUGUGGCAUAUUUCUUAAAUAAUAAUCCAGAAGUGCAUAGGCUAUGUUCCAGUGAUGAUGAUUGUCCUUACAAGGUAAGCAAAAACAGCAGCAGUUAAAAAUCAUCUUGGUAGUACAACCAUUUGUAUUUAUGUUAGCCUUAGGGGUUAUGAAUCGGGUUCGGCGUGGGGGAUGGAUUCAAAAUGUUUGGAAAGACCCAGAAAAUCAGGUUUAUAUCAGAGGUGCAAGAUUGAGGUAGGGGCAAUAUUUUGAAAUCAAGAAGUAUGGCGCCACAAAAAGUUUAAGAACCUCUAACUUAGGGUAAAGUGUGUAAAUUGUUUAGACAUUGGAAUUACUUAAUAUAGGUAAUUCUAAUAUUCUUGUAAGUUUAAUUUUAUGUUGCUAUUUUUUUACUACACCCAAAUAAAAGUAAAUUUAUUUAAUGGGUUGGUCUAUUUGAAAUAUAGAGUCACAACUUUAUUAAUUUAAGUUUAAUAAAAAUGACUUUUUUUUUUUUUUACAGCCAAUGCUCAAUACAAAAAGAUGCUGGGGUUAUGAAAAAUUGUGUGAUAAAAGUGAUCAGCUGGGUCAGCCCGAUUGCUCUGGUGAUAGUCAACAUUGGUGAGAGUGUUUAGCCAAAUAAGCCCAAAAUUCAACCCCAAAAAAUAUUUAUCUCUAUACAGUAAUUUACUUUAAAAUCAUUAAUCCUAAAAUAAAAAACAGGACCUAAACUUUAAAACAAAUUCUUCUAAAUCUGUGAAUACCUCUCAUCUUUCACAUUAAUCUUUAAAGAAUGUUUUAUUCCAUCUUUUUUCUGCAGUCUUCUAGAUAUUCUAAGCCAUCAUCUGCAAAAAAAUUUCUGUCAUGGCACACCCAGAACAUUUCCAGAUUUCCAUGGUACACCACAAUUAAAACAUAUAGAAAAAACUGGUCUACUGUUUUUAACUCAUAUCCUUUAUCAUUUUAUAAUAUAACAUAGAAUUAGUUUUCAGGGUAAUAAGGGGAGAGACUGCAAUCAGGGUAGCACAAUAUAAAAUGAGUAAAACAGAGUAGGGUUAAACCUGAAAAAAGAAAAGCAACAAAACAACGAACGUGUCGGCAGAAAGCCUUCGUCAGCGAACAAAACAGCAGAAAAAAACGGUACAAAAAUAAAAUAAGAAAUAUCACUUAGCUUGGACGUAGUAUCCGUGGGCAGCAAAGGAAUUGUGACAGAAAGUAAGUGAGGGAGAGAUUAAAUAGGGAAGAGCGAAAGAAAAGAGGAGAAAAAAGUCCACUGCGAUAGGUCAGGACGUGGAGGGGCAGAGCUAGGGUCAAGCUGUGAUAAGAGACAUGACAUUCAUCCCAUGUUGUGUCAAAGUACCAUAAGUCAGGAUCAGCCUGUGUUCCAAAUUGACCCGACUAGAUGUGUUCGUGCUAGCAGGCUUAUACCAUUUCAUUUUCUUUUUACACAACAGCUUGUAUCCAAUUUAAAGGGGUAAUUUUAUGGUUAAUUUAAAGAUUUUGUACGUGUAUUGAUUUAACAAUAAGAAACAUUCCCAUUCAAACACACACUUUAAAAUGGUCCUUUGAUACUAAUUAAAGCAGCCACAACUAGCUUAUGUAAACUACUGGAAGUAUUAAACAAUACAUCUGUGAAAAGAGUGUGAUCAAAGAGAUAUAUUUUACUUGUUGCUUCAAUCAAAAUUAUAUUGUGUUGACAUGUUUUUCAUCCCCUGGAGUAAUCUUACAUCCUAUCUCUUUUAAGCGCACUCAGACACUCCUAAAUCCUUCAAUAAGUAAAUAUGUUUCUUUUAAGUCUUUUGCUUCAAUAAUAGUUUACCUAACUGGGUCGCAUUGCUCCUCAUUUCUUAAAUCUGCUUAAAUGCAUUGUUUUACAUAUUGUAUUACCAAAACUAGAUUAAAUGAAUCUCUUUUCAUUUCUUGUCUAUUUGAAUUUGUCCAAUGUUUGAAACCUUUUUGGUUAAUUGUUGUGCUUGUUUUUUUCUUAUAAAAAUCAUCCUUAGGGCUAAGAGUAAGGAAGAACAGCUAGAGAAAUUUUGGACCACUGCUGACUUUGGAAUGGUUCUAGAGCGGAGAAAGGAAAUAAGAGCUUUUUGCAAGAGCCAGUCGAUUGUAAUUUUUGUGUAAUUGUUUGUAUAAUAAUAAACUGUUUGUAAUAAACUGUUAACUUUGUGAAACAUUAAAACUUUGCAACUAAUUUAUUUAAUUAAAAAAUAAGCUAUUUGUGAUAAAUAUACAUCAUUGUCAUGCUUUUUUUCCCCAGGAUGAUUCUAGUCUUGACUGUGUCAAUUAUCUGAGAUAUUGUCGGGCAAAAAACAUCUUCUUUGACUUCUCCACUGCUAAAAUGAAGAAACAAGGAGAAUGGUAAAAUGUCAAUAAAUGUGUGCUUUAAAAGUUUAAACUUUUUAUGUCAUAAAAUGUGAAAUCAAUACUAUCUUUAUUAGCAUUCUUGGAUUAUAAUUUAAAAUCUGAAACAUUGAAAGUACCGGUAAUAUUUUUGUUCCUUAGCACAUUUGGGUAAAAAUUGAACACUGAUAUUAUUUUGCAUAAAAAAGUUUACAAUUUGUUGGCAAACUUAUGGAAUAUUUCAAAAUAUUCACUAUGAAUGUUAUGCAAUAUGAUUGUAAUGGGAUGUUAAAUAAAAUCUCACUUUCAUCAAAUUAAUAUAAGAUAAUCAGAACAAAAUUUACUAAAUACUUAUUGUGACUUACACAUUUCCCAAAAGAAACUCAAACUUUUUUUUAUUGUAAGUUUUGUUUAAUCUAAAUUAUAAUUUUUAAAAGAACACCUUUCAAUCAAUUUUUUUUUUUUUUAAAAAGAAGCAGAAUCAUAUUGUUCGUUAAAUCUUUAUUUGGAAUUGGAAAAAAAAAACAAAAAAAAAAACAUGGCCAAAGCACAUCCCUUAUCUUUUAACUGAAUCAUUUUGAUUGACCAUAAAGUAAUAUCGUGGAACAUCAAAAGAUUUUCAAAUGGACAUCAGUUUUUAUAUGUUUAAGUGUUUUUCAUCCCAGUAUUCUUUGGAGAGAUAUUUGGAGCAACUUUAUAUCAUUUGAUGUUAAAAAAAAUUAAGCAUUAUCAUAUUAUUAUAUUUGAAAAUUCAACACAGGAAUCGUUUCCGUGAAGAUUUCCUCAAGCCUGGACAGGUUGGGGGUCACUGCAAACUUGAUGAGAAAAGUUUGAAAGCUGAAGGAGAGCACAAAAGUCCACUGCAGUCCUGGUGAGUCUUAAUUUAUGCAAAUAAAUAAACAACUUAUGAAAAAUCAACCAAUAAGUUUUAUCUACUGCAUGCCAAAAUUUCUUAUACUGAUUUAGGAUAAAACAAAAUUUAACAGCCGAUCUUGAAAGGAAAAUAAAGGCCAUGGAGAUGAGAUGCUUCAGAAGCAUUUUUGGCAUCUGCUAUAGGGAUCAUAUCUCCAAUGAUACAGUGAAAGAAAGGGUUCGUCAGGCAAUUGGGGAGUACGAUGACCUACUGGUGACGUUGAAAAAACGCAAAUUACAAUGGUAUGGCCCCGUAACAAGGAAACAAGGGCUUGCCAAAGAAAUAUUGCAGGGCACCACAAGAGGAGGGAGAAGAAGAGGAAGACAAAGAAAAAGGUGUGAGGAUAACAUCAAAGAGUGGACAGGACUAACACUGGGCGAUGCAGUGCGUAGUGCUGAAGACAUAGACGAAUGGAGGAGGAUGGUUCACAUGUCAUCUGUGGCGCCCCAACGGUCUAAGGACUAAGGGAAAUGAGGAUGAGGAAAAGGAAAAUUUUAGGAUAUGCAUGAUAUUCAGGGUCAGCUUUUUCACAGUAAAAUUUAAUAAUGUUUCAUUCCAAAAUAUCAGGCAUUUUUAGCAGAUCUCCAGUGGCUGCCGUGUUAUUAAAAAAAAAAAGAAAGAAAAUAUUUUAUGAAUAUUUUUGUCCUCUGUGUCUAAGUUUAACUUUUUCCCACCAUUGCUCAACUUUUUAAAAUAUAUGCACCACCAUUGAGCACCUCUGUAGACAUCAGUUUUUAUUUUUAAUUUAAUAGAACUAUUCAUAAGGGGAGGUAAGCCUUGAAAUUUUAAUUUAAUAGAACUAUUCAUAAAAAGGGGGGGGGGGACCUUGAAAUUGUAAUAUUUCACCCAUUUUGUAUUAAUUUAAAUAAAAAUAAAUAGCUUAAGAUUAUCUUUCAUCUUAAAUAUAUUAUAUAUAAAUAUUGACAAUUAAUUCUUUUUGUUUGAAUUUUUCCAUUUUUAUAAUCAAUUCUGAAUCUUGUGUUUGCAUGAAACAUAUGCACAGUAAUAUAUUUUAAUAUAUUUUUAUUUUUUAGGUUUGCCGAGCUAGAGCAUUACACCUCCUUGGAUUUUAUUCCUUCUGAUGGCAGCCACUGUGAUAUUGUUAUAGACAAACCCACUUACCUGAUAAAACUUGAUGCUGGUAAUCUAUUUCUUGGCAACUUGAAAGCAUGGAGCAUGGUCAGCAUAAGCAGUUGGCUUUUGUGUUCUUUAUUACAAUGUGUGGAAGUGCCUCUCGAAAUUCGCUACCAUUAAAAAAAUAAUUGGUGGGCUGGAACUUAGGGAUUAAAUCUAUAAAUUAAUUACUGCUAAUAUUUAAAUAACGAAGACAUAUUUUGGAGAACAAAUUUUGAGAAGCACUUCAAAUAUGUCUUUAACUCUAAAAGUAGAAUAUCUUAAACCACAUGUGCAUAAGGGGGCACAGUUUGGUGUAUUAGUUUAUUUUUUAUUUUCGUUUAGUCAUUCUUUUUAUGAAAUUAUAAAAUGCUAUAUUGUGAAGCAGCAACAUUAAGUACCUGGUAUAAAUAAUGUGGCAGCAGGUAACCCAACUGAUAUGACACAAGUUCUUUCAAUUAUUUUGUAUUUACUCAUUUUUUUCAUGUGCUGAUGAAGAUUGAGAAUUUUAGCAAAAUGUUUUAAAUUUAAAAAGAUUUGACAUAAGAAAUAAUAAUUUCUCUUGACAGGUAUUAAUAUGUAUCAUCAUUUCUGUGAUUUUGUCAACCUCUAUGCCUCCCAGCAUAUCAAUAACUCCUUUGGGACCGAUGUCAAUAUCAUUAUGUGGGAUACGGUAUGUAUCAUAGCUCAAAUCUUUAAGUCAUCUUUACUUCCACUAUAGACAACUGUUCUCAGCUGUUUAUCAAUAGGUUUAUUUUUAUGAAGAUCUGGGAUGAGAAAUGCCUGCAAGCAUUCCUCAUGACAUGACUAAGAUGUGCACCACAACGAAAGCACAAUUGCAGAAGACGAAAAAAAACAGCUCUGACAGAAGCAGCAGAUAGACGGAAGUGAUAUCCUUAGACCCUAUUUCAAGCACCAGUCAGCCAACAAGAACUAAUUAUUUCAAUAUUUAUCGUUACGAUUAUAUUUAUCCAUGUUUUGUUUUUUGGAGUCACUUCAUAUUUUAAAGGUAAUUUUACAUCAGAUAAACACAAAUUUUCUAAAUGAUACUAAAAGAUUUUUACUAUUUUCAGAGUCCAUUGCCUUAUGGAGAUUUGUUUAGCCUAACUUGGAAAGCUUUUACAAAUUAUCCCAUUAUUCCACUGAGUGAUUUUGAUGGAAAAAGGGUAAUUAAGAGAUAAUAGAUGACAGCAUAGCUUUCUUUGAGUUUUUUGUGUAUCAAAUAAUUCACCAGUUUUCAUAUGAAUAAAUUCAGAAAGUUCAUACUAUUAAAUAAUAAAUUAAUUUUUUAAAAUAUUUUCUUUAUGUUGUUGGUUAAAAAGAAAUAAAUAUCUAUUUUACAAGUUGCUGUGUUUCUGCAAAGCUAUUACUAAACCCAAUGUUUAUCACCUCUGUAUUUACUUGUCCGUGUAAAAAAAAAAAAAACAUGUUUCCAAGUUAUUCUCUAAAUGUUUUGUUAAUAUAUCAUUACUUAAAUUUGGUUUACACCAUUUCUUUAUCAGGUUUGCAUCAAAGAUGCAGUUUUUCCACUUCUUGCCAGAAUGCGUUUUGGUCUUUUUUACAACAUGCCUUUGGUUAGUGCAUAAUCUCAUUUCUGCUAGCACAUGUUUUACACUGCACAGAAAAUGUUUUCUGACCAAUUUUAAACAAAUUAAAUUAAUACUGCUUUCUUUUUUACAUCGUCUUUGAGAAUUAUGAAAAUUUAAGUUUACUUUAAUAAAUCUCCUCCCUUUUUGUAAAAAUAUAAAACUUUGUUGUUUUUUUCCUCACCACUCCUUACAUGGUUAGUAAGUAGAUUUUAAAAAUUAAUAAUCUCUUUUAGAUUCCUGGCUGUCAUGGCAGCAGUCUCAUAAAAGCUUUUUCACAACACAUUCUUCACAGACUGAACAUCCCACAACUAGGGCCCAUGGUAAGCAUCUAUCACACUCUCUUGUUGAAAAUACAAUACUUCAUAAAAACUAAUUUAAAGAAAUAAUCAAGUUUAACAGUUCAUCUUGCAAAAGAUUUUUAAAGUUCCUUUAAAUUCAGUGUUCAUUGUUUACAUUUCAGAAAGAUAAAAUUCGUAUCACAUUGCUAAUAAGAAGUACGCAGUAUAGGAACAUUAUAAACCAAAAAGAGGUGGGUCCAAACCUAUUACUGGUUAAUUAAUUUAAGAUAGAAAUUGUUUUUGACCAUUGUAUUGAACCUAUUGAAUUUAGUAGUGAAAACAAUGAUUAGCUAACAAAAUAUUUUGUUUUAUAAUGUGAUAUUAGGAAACAAAUUAUUAAUCUUAAAAAUGAGCUGUACCGGUACUGCAUCUUUAGGGGUGUGGGUGACUUGAUUCUGUCACUGUAGUCAGUUCGACAGUUAGCUAUCUAAAACAGACCAUUUUAGGAAAAUUUAAUGAAAAACAAGAUACAUUCACUAUCUUGCUGUGUAUGUACAAUUUAUUUUAUGUUAUAUGACUAAAUUAAAUCAAUGCUAUGAACUGCCAUCUUGAUAUAUUUCAGCUUGCCUCUGCCAUGAAAAUAGAUGGAGAGUUUGAAGUGACUGUUGUGGAUUAUAAUAGGUAGUUUUUCAAAAGUAUUUUUAUCUGAAAAAUAAAAAUAUGCCUAACUUUUUUUAUAGUACUUACACAGAUGUGCAAGCUAAUUUUACUCAUGGCUUUUCUGAAAAAUCUGACUAGCUCUUAAUUACUCCCUUCCUUACACUCUUCUUUCCCUUGCCAUCUAUCUACAUUCUUUCUUUUGCAUAUACCCUCCCCACUUUCAAUUUGUUAUCACAAUUUCACUUAAUACACACUUUCACUCUCUUUAUCCCUACCCCCACCCCUGUCCCUUAUUCAUUCCCCCUAUUACUUUUACCAGAGUUUGAGUCACCCUUUCUCGCGGGACCCAUCCCCACCCAUGCUAAUAUUCUGCAAUUAUGACUUGCCUAAAACCCCAUUUUCAAAGAUUUGUGUGUCAUAUUCUCAUGAAGUGUUUUUUUUUUUUUACAGACAUGUUCCCUUUGACCAACAGCUGAGCAUUUCCCAUAACAGUGAUAUUUUCAUUGGUAUGCAUGGUUCAGGCCUGACCCACCUCUUGUUUCAGCCAGACUGGGCGGUUGUCAUGGAGAUGUAAGUAAACAAUUCCUAUCCUGUCACUUUUGUUUGAAGUUCUGACCUUUCAGCACUAGUAAUGUAUUGGGAUAGCCAAGAUUUAUAUGGAAUAUACUUUCCAGUUAACCAUCUUAUUGCUGAUGUAAAUACAUCUUAUGGUGGGUGUUUGGAAAGAAAAUUGCUUUGAAUUUAUAAGUGAUUUCCUUUUCGGUGUUGACACAAUUGAGACACCUUUGUGAGUGAAUGUCAGAGUUAGUCCUGUCAGCACACUCGAGGCGAUAGGGUGAGUGAAUGUUUGAGUCAGCCCUAUCUGCAAGAGUAAAAGGAUGAGAAGAAUUUGCAGUAAGUGAAUUAAUUGAGCAGACAGAUCAGUUUAUUACAGCCAGUCAGUUUACUAUAGGAGGCAAUUUGUUAUAGCGAGUCAGUUUAUUAUAGGAGACAGGAGGCAAUUUGUUAUAGCGAGUCAGUUUAUUAUAGGAGUCAGGAGGCAAUUUGUUAUAGCGAGUCAGUUUAUUAUAGGAGUCAGGAGGCAAUUUGUUAUAGCGAGUCAGUUUAUUAUAGGAGUCAGGAGGCAAUUUGUUAUAGCGAGUCAGUUUAUUAUAGGAGUCAGGAGGCAAUUUGUUAUAGCGAGUCAGUUUAUUAUAGCCGGAGUGUACAAAAAAUUAGAGGUUUUUUUCAUGACCUGUAGGUUGAAUUUCAUCUUAAAUGUUAUAAAUGUCAUUGUAUGAUACAUGUCACAACUUGAAAUAUAAUGAAAUGUCAUCAACUGUAAUAUCUUUCUUGCUUAAUUCUGAUGUUCAUUUUUAGAAGCUCUUAUUUAUUGUCCCGGCCAUCUUUAAGUUGUUAAAAUAAUUAAAUAAAUCUAAACUAAUCAUGCAACUGUGAAAAAUACUUAAACUUAAAUAUUCUCUGAAAAAAUGGGCAGCAAAGGAUAAAACAAUCGAAUAAUUUGGGAUUAAGAAAUAAUCAACCACUAAGGAUUCUUUAAAAAUCAACUUCAGUUACAAUUGUGAAGACCCAGGGUGCUAUUACGAUUUGGCUCGACUGCGUGGAAUAAAAUACAUGACUUGGGAGAAAAAGUCCAAGAUGGUUCAAGAAGAUGAGGCAAGUGCCAUUAUGAGAGAUAAAAAGAAUGUUUUUGGGGCGGUUGAAAUCUUGUCAAGACUAAUUUUUAAAUAGUUUCCAUUCAUAUUAGGUUUUUAAAUUUAACUUGUUAUUGACAGAUUUUCAACAAACAAAAUUAUUUAAUAUUUUACGUUGUCUGCUCCCCAUGCCAUGGCAGAGCACAGUUUGAGAACCACCAAGCUAGAGAAAAUAAUAAAUAAAGCCAAUAAAACUUCACAUUAUUGUUAGACUAUAUGGAUGAUCUUGGGAUAAUUCUUCUAUAGAUUCCUAACACAUAUCGGUUACUGUGCAUAUAUAGGAUAUAUGACAGCAUAUGUUUGCAAAUGUCAGUGUAUAGCAUGUAUUUGUUACUGUGAGUGUAUAGCAUAUAUUUGUUCUGUGAGUGUAUAGCAUAUAUUUGUUACUGUGAUUUUAUAGUUGUCACAAAUAACAUUUUACUUGUCCCUGCCAACAGGGACAUCAUCCAACUCUUGGAGCUCAUGCCAAGUUUACAAAUUAUGCAUUUGACGUCAACGAAUUUAUGAGAUUAAUUUACACAGCCGCCGACCAUGUGCGGAACCAUCCAGCAUUCUUGGAAGCUCGGAGAAUUUUAUACACUUUGUCAGAAAGUUCCAAAGCUGGGAGCGAUUCAUUGAAAGAGGAGAAGGAUGAACUUUGAUAGGACCCUGUGUUUAUUUUUAAUUUAAUUAAAUGAAUUCCAGCUUUGCAGCGGUCAGUCAAGUCAUAAAUAUGCAAUAUUUCAAGUAUGGUUAUAAAUUUAUGUAAUCAACUGUUUUAUAAUCUCAUGCCAUAUUUCAUCAUACGUAUGUGCCUUUUUAUUACAUGCCUUACGGCCGGCAGCAAUUUAACUUUUUUUUAAAAUCUCAAUUCUUUUGUUACGGAGGUUUUCUUGCAUUUUUUAGUUUCGAGGGUUUAAAAGGAAAGCUAAACUGCUAUAAAUUGUUUGUCCUGUUGUUACAUGUGGCCUCUGGCUUUUAUUAUUAUAUUUUUGUUUAUCAUUUAUCAAAAGUAACUGGUACCUGUAUUCUAGGCCAGUGAAGCAUUGUCUGAACUAAUUUUUGUAAGGAAAAUGUAUUUUGCACUCAGU